CUAGAUAAAAGUGAUUUCUGCCCUGUCAGUGUAUGGUUUUGUUUUUUUUUGUUUGUUUUUUUUUGAAAGUGUUAUUCAUUCGAGAAGAGGAAACAAGGAAUCCAAGAGGGACACAGGCCGAAAACCGCGAAGAGACCGACAAGCGGCAGGAGCUACUGAGCAGACCAUCUCAAGAGGCUUUGAGUAAACAAGAAGGAGGCAGGAAAAUGACCUAAUUAGCAACAAGCGUGACGGACAAGCUGGUGCAAAUGUGUUGGUGGUAAUUUCCCCAGUUUCACCCACAAGGCACACACAUGCAUCAGCGCGCACACACGUACAGCACAUUUACAAACCCUGCCCUUCCCUUCCUGCCAUCCGCCCCGGUCCUAAAUGGAUUCCUACAACUUCCACUUUGAGAGAAUGAGCAACGUGGACCUGCAUCCUCUGAGCCUGUCAGUCAGCCGGCUCUCCCCAGCCAAGUCCAACAGCAGCAUCGUCGACCAACUUGCACACCACCAACACGGCAAAGGAGACUCUGCCUACAGCUCCUUCUCUGGCGGAUCCACUGCCCCAGACUACCCUUCUCCCUUCAUCCCAGACGACCUACAGUCCAGCUCCUUCAGCCACUAUGCUGAUCUUAAGUAUGUAAAGUCUCUUUACCAUCCCACCCAGGUUCUGCAGUCUGAUUCAAAGACCAUGGAUCAGCUCUAUUGCUCUGUGGAAGCUAUCUCCCAGCACUAUUGCAACAAUACCAGCACCAAUUUAAACCACCACAAUGGCAAUGACAGUUUCCACAUCCACAACACAGCACUCUCUAAACAAGAGGUGCCUUUGGGGGCUCCAUCCCAAAGUGCUUACCCUCCUGUCCAUCCUCCUCCAGUCCCAGCACGCUUGGAUAGUUUCAUAGCCACUAAAAACUUGGAGAACAGCAGGGUCCAACACCAUGGUACUGAGUUUCAACCCCAGCAGCCAAAGCCUCAACAACAGCCCAGAACCUACAAUCAACUCCAUUCACAGCACCAUGGUCUGAAUGCCAGAAGCCCUGAGAGGGCUAGCCCAGAUACAGGCAAUUCAAACUUCAAUUCUGACCCAGUCUAUUCAUUCUGGAGGGGCUGUCAACAGCAGCCACAGCAGGUCCAGCAACCACCAAGCUACCGCCCUCACCUCCAGCCUCAUGAUCAGACCAGGGUGCCGUUGAACCAAGAAUACCUUCUCAUCAUGGAUAACAAAGCUGCCCCUGAGCAGCAGAAAUCAACUAACAUCAUAGGCGGAUCACCUCCCCAAGGAACAAGCCUGUCUGAGCAUCUGAAACCCAGACAGCGGUCAACUAGUGGUGGAUGUAAUGGAGACCAUCACAUGUCCAGUUGUAGCAGUAACCAUUUUGACAGUCAGCGCCAAAGGGUGCACUCAGCUCAUGAUUGGCUUGGGUCCAAGCCAACCCGAGCUGCCAGCCCCUGGAAUGCUGGUCAGAGUUUUAUCAACAGCAGCAUUCAACAUAAGGGUCAGUUCUACUUUGUCACCGGAGUGUGUAAGCUGUCUGACCCCUUUAUGAGGACAUAUUCUACAUCUGUGUGUGGGUCUGAGGUUGGGAGUGAGAGCCCCACUGUGUUGGAGAAGCAUCAGAUAAGAGAAAAAGAAAGAAGCCACAGCACAAUGGAUAAUUUGUUUAGACCUCUCCAAGAGAGUUCUCGAACUUCCAGUGGUACGAUUCCAGAUGAGAGAGAGACCUUCACUUCAGUGUCCCAGGACAAAGACCUGUCCUCCAGGAGUCAGGAUCAGGAGAAUCACAGACCAUCCCUCAUCUUGACGCAGUCCUCUCGCAGCUUUGAGGCCAUAGAAGAUAUCGACAUGAUCCAGAGUCAAGAGAUUGGCCGCCACACUGCCAACAACCCUAUAUUCUACUGUGGACCAGACCGAAACUGCCCUCCACAUUCACCGACGCCAAUGAAGGAGGUCACCUCAUUAAUAAGCAAUGAACAGCCCAACCACCAAGUGAGAGAGGAGCAGGCAAAGAGAGGGAAACGGCAGCCUUUGGGGGAUGUAGCCAGCGAGAGGAUAAACAAAGAAACGACCCCGCUGCUCUAUCACCUCACUGAAGCUAACAGGGCAGCCUUACGUCCGAAAAAGGAUCCUGGCUUCAGUAUAAAAGGCAAGGAAGCAAUCCUAAACAAAACUGGUCAUGGAGACGUGGUAGUAAAAGACAAUGAGAGACCUCCACAAGAUGACAUGAGCAAUAACGACGGAGGGGACAGUAUCUCUGCUGCCUGUAACACUCUGGAUGAUUCAUUUAAAAAGUACUACAAAGAGAAGCUGAAGGAUGCCCAGUCUAAAGUCCUGAGGGAGACUUCAUUUAAAAGGAGGGACCUGCAGCUGUCAUGGCCACACCGUAUCAGGCAAAAACCUGAGCUGAGGCCUACAGUGAUUCACGCUUUCUCCAGCUCACAGGACUCUGAGACUUCCACAGACACACUCACUCCAUCUGUGACCUCUGAGGAGACAGAGAGGGGGAGCAUUAAGGAAGAAGUCAGGGAGAAUCAGAAGGAGAUGGUCAAAGAGACUGAAAAGGAAAACGGGAGACCAGCAAAUGUGGCACAGCCCCAGGUGGCACGCAUUGGAGGCAGGAAGCGAUUGACUCCAGAGCAGAAGAAGAUGUGCUACUCGGAACCAGAGAAACUCAACCAGCUUGGUGGUACCCCCAGCCACUCGGCUUGUCGCUCCUUUGGCAGUGAAUGUGACAACCUGUUUGCAGCUGAAUGUGAAAGAGAGGAUCAUGAGCAGCAAAGAGAGCAGGGACUGGUUGCAGCACGUAGGAAGAUGUUUGAGACAAGAGAUCGAGCCCUUUCAGCCUCUAGUGGCUCAAAGACGCACCUAAAACAUCUGCAACAAAAGGCCCUGGUGGAGUACAUGGAGCGUAAGACGGGCCAGAAAGUGACUGAGCCACAGCAACCAGAGCCUCAGUUACCACCUCCACCCAGACAGAGGCACUCUCUGGGGGAGAAACCAUUUGACUGGGGUCCCAGGCCUCUAUCAGGAAAUCAUGAUGGCAAAAGUACGAAGAAGAAGCUCCAUAGACCCCACUCUGCAGGCCGCAUCCUUGAUUCCUCCACCAGAUCCAUCAGGUAUGCACAGUUUUUCUCAGCACAGUCUUGUUCAGACCAAUAUGGUGGCCAGUCGAGUCAGCCCAGAUGGAGGGAGAGCCAAGGUCCAUCUCAGGGGAAGUCUGCCUCAGUGGAGAGUCUCUUGGACCAGCCAGAACCGCCUAGUUUCUUCAGGAACAGAUCAAUAUCCACACCACAUGCAUUUCAUGCACACGACUUCGAGAAGGAUCCUUUACCAGUUAAUUCUAUGGAAACCUGGAGUCCCCAGAAAAAUGCCACUGAGGAUUCCUUGGUAAAACCAGUGUCCGAAGGCCAACAACAUGUCCGUGUGGUUGCACAGAGGGGGAAGUCCAUGGAAGAGCUUGGGGCUUCAAAAUUAACAAGACCAUCAGCCCUGAGUAAAAGUUCUGAGCAACUGGAUCAACUGUGGAGACAUUCGACUGGACCAGGAGGACCGGAAAGAGACAUGAGGAGUGUUUCAUUCAUUGCCGAAGUCAGAGAAGCCCAGGCACAUGAAAGAGGGAGGAAGAAACAACAUGUAACGGAGCAAGCGGGAAAGGAACCAGAGAUUGCUGUUCAGAAGAACACUCAGGGACCGAUACAAAACCAAACCCAGGAAAGGCCCCCGUCAAAGCAGAACUCAGAACCAGGGGAUGAUGCAACAGUAAGACUAAGGAACUCGAGUAGAUCCACCUCUCCAGCCUCCUGCUCCAAUUCCCGGGCCAGGGCUCACUCUGGAUCUCCUGGCUCUCACGGCCCUGUCACAGAUGAGUUCAGGUCCAACAGACUGCCCAGUGAGACUUCAUCUGACCCACCUUCCCCUAGAGGUCUAGAGACCAGUGAGAGGGAGAUCAAAUCCACCUUGUCCACCCCUGCGCAGACAAAGCUUCCAUCUGAAAACAGGCCUUGCUUCAGAGUCAAGACUUCUUCUUCUGUGACUGGAUCAGAGAGAGAGCAGUCAGUGGAUGAACCAAGCAUUGACACCCUGCCACCUGAUUCAAACCACGAAGUGUCUCUGAGCUGCGGCGUCACCACAGAUCCAUCACUGUGGAUCCUCCCUCCAGAAGAAGAGAUCAAACAGGAAGCCCAGAAUCCACUGCUGACAGACAACGUUUUUGAUGACGAAUCCACCUGCUCAGCUCCUCAAAUGCAGAUAAGCGAAACCUCCGUGUCUCCCUGCACCUCCGUCUCUGAUGCUGACGUCACUGAGCGGUUGGAAGAGGAGAAAAAAACAGAAACAGAAGACAAGAAGUCGGGAGAAAACCAACAGAUGGAGGAGAGGGGAGCACCAGAGGGAGAGAUGGAGAGUCCGGAGGGGCCCGGUGAGGGACCUAAGUGGGAGGGGCUUGUUGAAGCAGUGGUCAUGGCCGACCAGUCACUGGCCAGAGUGCUCUACCCACUGGCCAAUCGUAAAACGGCGCUGAUGCUGAUGGAGCAGCUGCUGUCAGAGGACACGCUGCUGAUGGAGGAGCACUACAAGAAGAAACAGGAACAGAGAGGAGCUGCAGAAAGUGCUGAAGGAGUCGAAGGGGCUGAACCAUCUCCUUGUCUUUCUGCUCCUGACAGCCUUAAACCUCAGUACACAGACCUGCAGAGCAAAACUGACAUCACUGAGAAGAAGCAUCUAUUAGUGUUUUAUAUUGAGGAGCGUCUGCGUUCACUGGAAGAGAUGCGUGGCGCCCUCCAGGCAGAGAUUCAGGAGAACAUGGCCCGCGGGGAGGCUCUGGAGGUGCUGGUCAGCGAGCGCUGUCUGCCAGUGGAGCUGGAGAGGUACAACCUCUUCAUAGGAGACCUGGAGAGGGUAGUCAGCCUGCUCUUGUGCCUCUCUGCUCGGCUGGCCAGGGUGCAGAACGCCCUGAGCACCGUGGACCAGCACACAGAUGCUGAGGAGAAGCAAUCUCUGGACAGUCGCCACCGUCUGCUGUGCAAACAGAGGGAGGACGCCAAAGAUCUGAAGGAUAACCUGGACCGGAGAGAGAACCUGGUCUCCACCUUCCUGUCGCGCCAGCUGUCCGCUGAGCAGCUGCAGGACUACCGGCGCUUCGUCCAGACCAAGGCCUCGCUGCUCAUCCGGCAGAAGGACCUGGAGGAGAAGCAGAGGCUGGGAGAGGAGCAGCUGGAGGCUCUUUCCACCAGCCUGAAUCUGUGAGGCGAGGAGAGGCAAAAAAACCCUGGAUUUCUCCUUGCAUCCUUUAAUUGCCUUGAAAGAGGAUGUGUAGAGAGUUUUGUCUGCGCUUUGCUGGUUCAGUUUGCCACAUUCAGACACAGGACAUGGAUUAUAAGUGGUCUAGCUGGUAUCUCUAACCCUUUGCACCCUGUCACAACUUUCUUUUAUCCUUUUAAAAGAGUUUGACCGGGCUAAAGGGGGAAGCCAUCAACCCAACCCUGCUCUUCUCUCAUAGCGAUAGGCUGUACAUGAGGUGAGCAAUAGAGACUGUUGAGACUGAAGCGCGUUGUCUUUCUGUCAUUCACAGAGGGUGCCCAGAAGGCUCACCCACCCGCCCAGCGCUGUUCUCAGUCUGCACAAUCUGCAGUGUGCAUCUGAAGACUCGUCCCCUUCUGUUGUACAUGUUUCCUUCGACUUUAAACAGAAAACUGAGCUUUUCUGUUUUUUUUCCUGUGUGCCUUGGUGUUGGUGUUGCUGUGGAACAUGUUCCAUUAGCGCUGCUGUGUGGAAACUCUGCGUCCCGUUAGCAAUUCAGUACCUGUCCUUUUUUCAUUAAGAUGGUAGUACUACAGCCCUGUGUCUGCACCUGUGGAAACCUAUUAUAAGCUUUAAGAUUGUACUUUGAACAGUAAGAAGGCUUCAGUGAAAAAGAGUGGCCUGAGAGGGGGUGAUGUCAGUAAAAUGUACAGUAGAUGUAGAUUUAAUCUUUUUUUGUUGUUUUAAUGUUCUUAUUUUUAAUGUGUUUCAAAUUAAGGCACUAAAAACCAAAAAAGGUGAAUGAAAAAAAGCACUUUGUAAUGAUACAUGCAUGCACAUUUCUUCAAAUCAGAUUUGUUUUCAAAAUAAUUUCAAGCGAAAGCCUUACUCCAUCCAGUUAAACGAUAUUUUUAUUUUAUUUUGUUUGUUUUGUCAAUAAUUUGAAAUAGGAAUGUUGACAUUUUGUUUUAUGAAAGGUACAUGAGCACAUCCAGCAAGAUUGCGGAUUGUGUACAAAUACGUUUUGCAACUAAAUUCAUACUUCAUGUUAUUAAGUUUUGAUGAUUUCAUGUUGGAACAGUUCCUCACACAGAGGUGCUAAACCCAUUUAAAGCAGUUUAUAAGUAAGCAGCAAUUAUAUCACUGGGUGUUUUUCUCCCAAUGUCCCUUUGUUGCAGAAGUGACACGUGAUACUUGAAAUACUUUUUUUUUUUUUUUUUAAAUAAUAGGAAAGUCCACAAUCUUCACUUCAGGUGUCUUAAACUAAUUUUCUAUUCACUACCUCCUCAGCGUUGCCCCUUUUAGACACAUAUAACCUUUAAGUUCAUUUAAAUAUAAACAUUAGUGUCUAGUUAAAAAGCUCUUCUUGAUAGCCCUGGAUGGAAACACUCUUGAAUCAAAUUACUUUCCCCACAAAAGAAUCUCACAUUUUUAAAUUGCAUCUGUGUUUCCUCGUUAAUAUUUGUAAUUAGAUUUGAUAGAUGUAUUAAUUUCUUUUGUACUGAAUCUUCAACCAGACACAUCGAAGAGUUUUUUAAAGAGUGAUGUGAGCUGUUGCUCGACAUCAGAAUAUGUGCGGCAAGUGUGUGUGUGUGUGUGUGUGUGUGUGUGUGUGUGUGUGUGUGUGUAUGCUCGAGAUUGUGAAUGUCUUAAUUUUGUGCGUGUAGAGGUUAAGAUGUUGAACAGAAAGACAGAACUUCUCUCGGUGUUUGCUGUGUUACGUUUUCAACAAAACUCUCAUGAAGUCAUAAAAUGAUCAGAAGUCAUAAAGUGAUCCAGUGUAUGGGUUGACUCUUGCGGAUGUGAUAUUUAUGUAAUAACGACCACAAAGAGGCAGAGCAUCAUUAGAAGCCUCCACAUAAAAAAAAAAAUCCUUUAAAUAAAGUCAAACCAAGUGGACAAGUAAACAAUGAAAGCCGGUUUUCGGAAAGAGGAAACUCUUCUACCCUUAAAGAUGUUUUUGUGUUUUACCACCACCGCCAAUAGCCCUAAAACAUUUCUCUGGAGAUUUACGACUCUGUCCCUUAGUUUGCUAAACAAAUGUAUGUUUGUUUUGGCCUUUGUGCUGACGCAGGGCUGAGGGGUUAGAAAGACUCUCGUGUUGUUCCCUGCAGCCCGCUGGAAUUCCUGAAGUAUGCAAAAGACCAGCAUUUUUGAGAAAGAGGUGACUGGGGGAGUAAGCAGGGAAAAUGCUUCCACAAAGGAGCAGCACAUGGAUAAAUACUCAUUCUACUUGUUGCUGUGUGUGUGCAUACAAUGAACAUUUGACAUCAACAGAGGUUGCAGAAAAGGGCCCUGUUUUUGAAGUGGGAUUAUAUUUGUUUGUUGGGGGAUUUUGUUCCCAAUACUGACAUUGGAGGCGUGUGACAACGAUACGAUCAGAUUCUGUUUUAAACCCAAGAAGGAAAGAUAUAUUUCAGUGAGUCCCAGCUGAUGGGAUGACAGCAGACAAAUAUCCAAAUCCCCUUUUUCUGGUGUUUUUCACAACUGUUUUCUGUUGCGAGUUUGAGUUGUGUUUCCGUGCCUGUUUGGAGUUGUAAAUUCCAUGAUGUUUGUAAUAUUGUGAAUAAAUUAAGC